UAACUGCGAAAACAGAACACACCAACCAUCACUUAAAACCGUUUUGCUUUCUCUCUUCUCGAAGAAGAUUUUGCUCUCUCUGAAAAUGUCUACCACGCUAAAAGAUCUCUUCGUAAGCGAUAAUGUGAAGCCACUAGAGGCUGCUCCGCCUCCAGCUACGACGGUUGAGUCUGUUUCCUUGUCUGCCGGAACUAUGGAGCAAGCUCCAGAGGAGAAGACGCAACUCUCGCCGGAGAAAAUUACGCUACAUUCAACUGCUACAUCUGAGAACUUCUCCUCCAUCACCGGAUGCAUCUCGACGACCGCUAAAGUUGAUCUCCAGAUUAAUGCGGAGAAGCUACAGGAUUCAGAAUCAAAUGAGAUAUCGCCUGCUGGUUAUAUAGUGAUGGAAGGUAGUAAAAUCGUUGAAAAACGUACAGUUUCUGAAGAAAUUACGAAGUGUUCACCAGAUGUUGAUGAGAGUUUCGAAACGGCAGAGUUUCAUCUAUCAGGCGAGAUUUCUUCAGAUUUUACUAAAAAAGUAACAGAAGAGAAAAGUCCAGACUCGUCAAGCAUAGGAUCAGAAUCAUCUGAUGAUAAUGAUGAGGAUAAAUCUUCGCCUGAGCCGAACGGAAAAUGUAGGCAACCGGAAAAGGCUAAAAAGACGGUUAGACUUGUAAAAAACGAGAAUAUUAUGCCUGAUAACUUGCAAGCUGCGAAGAGCACAGGAAUAUUGAAGCAUUGUCCAAGCAUUACGAGUUUGGACGUGCUUGAUUAUACUCAUAUAUCUCCUGGCUCUAGAGGCAACGGCGGUGGCCACCAGGUGAGCGGUGAGAGUGGCGCCAUGGUGGAUGAGGCUUGGGAGAUACUAAAAAAAUCUUACGUUUACUUCAAGGGAAAGCCUGUUGGGACUCUUGCUGCUAUGGAUCCUAGCGUCGAGGCUUUGAACUACAAUCAGGUUUUUGUGAGAGACUUCGUUCCUAGUGGUUUAGCAUGCCUGAUGAAGACUCCUCCAGAACCCGAGGUUGUGAGGAACUUUCUCCUAAAGACUCUCCAUUUCCAAGGUCGGGAGAAGAGGAUUGACAACUUCACUCUUGGAGAAGGUGUCAUGCCUGCAAGUUAUAAAGUUCUUUAUGACACGCAUCGCAAAAAGGACAUCCUAGUUGCAGACUUUGGCGGCAGUGCAAUUGGACGAGUGGCACCUGUUGACUCAGGUUUCUGGUGGAUUAUACUGCUUAGGUCCUAUACCAAGAGCACGCAUGAUUAUGCUCUGGCAGAACUCCCUGAGGUGCAGAGAGGAAUGAAGUUGAUACUCAACCUUUGCCUCUCAGAUGGCUUUGACACUUUCCCAACACUUCUGUGUGCGGAUGGAUGCAGCAUGAUUGAUCGAAGGAUGGGGAUAUAUGGAUAUCCAAUUGAAAUCCAAGCACUGUUCUUUUUUGCGCUGAGGUGUGCGCAGCAGAUGCUGAAACCAGAGCGUGAUGGCAAGGAGUUACUUGAGCGAAUUGAUAAGCGGAUUACAGCUCUCAGCUUUCACAUCCAGAAAUACUAUUGGCUAGAUUUCACACAGCUAAAUAACAUAUACAGAUACAAAACUGAGGAAUACUCCCACACUGCUGUGAACAAAUUUAAUGUCAUCCCAGAGUCUAUCCCAGAUUGGGUGUUUGAUUUCAUGCCUUUACGAGGAGGGUAUCUGAUCGGCAAUGUCAGCCCAGCUCGCAUGGACUUCAGGUGGUUCUUAAUUGGCAACUGCAUUGCUAUUUUGAGUUCCUUGGUGACACCUGCGCAAGCAACUGCAAUCAUGGAUCUAAUCGAGGAAAGGUGGGGUGACUUGAUUGGAGAGAUGCCUUUAAAGAUCACAUACCCAGCACUGGAAGGACAUGAAUGGAGGAUAGUCACUGGUUUUGAUCCUAAGAACACAAGAUGGAGUUACCAUAAUGGUGGAACUUGGCCAGUUCUUUUGUGGAUACUUGCAGCAGCAAGUAUCAAGGUUGGAAGGCCACAAAUUGCGAAACGAGCAGUAGAGCUAGCGGAGCAGCGUUUAUCGAAAGACGGAUGGCCCGAGUACUAUGAUGGAAAGACUGGGAGGUAUGUGGGGAAGCAGGCAAGAAAAUACCAGACAUGGAGCGUUUCAGGAUAUCUGGUUGCUAAAAUGAUGAUAGAGAAUCCAUCCAAUCUUCUGAUGAUCUCUCUUGAAGAAGACAAGAAGAUAACUCAGCCAAAACUUACCCGCUCUGCCUCAUUCUGAGAGGAAACUCAGCAAGGAUUUUGGAGAAAGAGAUGUUAAUCAUUUGCAGCUGUAAAAAAAUAAAGCAAUGCAGAUAUGACUACGGUAACUAGUAUCUUAGUGGCUAUACUAUACUAUACUAUACCCUUGAUUUAGAAACUUAUGGAGAAAAUUAGCUUUAGCGUUGGUGAUUGAUUGAAACUUGUUAUAUUUUCAAUAUGUUUGUGGCCGGUAAAAAUAUAGUAACUCUUGAUUGUACGGAACUUUCA